UGCACUACGUUUUCUUUAAACAGCAAAAAGUUUGAAACUUUUUUUUUUGCAAUGGGGGUUCCUUCAUUUUACAAAUGGCUAGUCAAGAAAUACCCAAAAAUAGUAGAAAAUGCAGUGGAAAUGGAUGGGGUUGAAGUUGAUUCAUCCUUGCCCAACCCAAAUGGACUUGAAUUCGAUAACUUUUAUCUGGACAUGAAUGGGAUCAUCCAUCCAUGUUUCCACCCGGAAGAAACUAUGUUUCCUCCAACUACGUACGAGGAAGUCUUCAACAGCAUCUUUGACUACAUCGAUCGGCUGUUUAACAUUGUACGGCCUAGAAAGCUGCUGUACAUGGCAAUAGAUGGUGUUGCGCCGCGGGCUAAAAUGAACCAGCAACGAGCACGGAGGUUCAGGACAGCCAUGGAUAAGGAGAUCAUGGAGGAAGAGGAAAGGAAGUUAAGACAGAAGUUUGCGAGUGAGGGUAAAGAGGUCCUAGCGAAAGAGGAAUCUGAAGUAUCAGAUUCGAAUGUUAUAACGCCGGGCACCUUUUUUAUGUAUGCACUUUCUGAUAAACUAAGAGGUUACAUCCAAGAAAGGAUCAGUUCAAAUCCUGGCUGGAAGGGUGUAAAGGUGAUUCUUUCUGAUUCUAAUGUUCCUGGUGAAGGGGAACACAAGAUAAACUCUUUCAUCCGUGCACAACGUACUUUUCCAGAUUAUAAUCCAAACACUCGUCACUGCCUCUAUGGUUUGGAUGCUGACCUUAUUAUGUUGGCAUUAGCUUCACAUGAGCUUCACUUUUCAGUUUUCAGGGAGAAUGUUCUGAUUCAGGAUGACCUCUCGAAUCAAUUAUCAUCUCUUGAACUUGGUAUUCAGAAAGCUGAAACUCAUAUUCAAGAUGAUGCUGUUAAUGGACCUGCCAAAGCGAAGCACUGUCGCACUUCCAAGAAUAAAUUUCAGUUCCUCAAUGUUUGGGUGCUGAGGGAGUACCUAGAACUCGAUAUCUGCACUGGCCUUCUUGCAGAUUCUAAACAAGCUGAUUUAGAGAGAGUUAUCGAUGAUUUUGUUUUCAUGUGUUUCUUUGCGGGGAAUGAUUUCCUUCCUCAUAUGCCCACUCUUGAUAUCCAUGAGGGUGCUAUUGAUUUGCUCAUAUAUGUUUACAAGAAAGAGUUCAAGAAUCUCGGAGGAUAUUUGGUUGAUAUAGAAAGGGUUGAUGAUCCAAAAUGUGGUUUCAUAAAGCUGUCAAGAGUUGAAAGGUUCAUACUCUCUGUUGGCACGUUCGAGGAGAAGAUAUUUAUGAAAAGAAUGGCAAUCAAAGAGAAGAAAAAUAGGCGGUUGGCAUUGGAAGCUAGAGAUGAUAAUGAGGAGAACGGUGACAUAGAAGACAACGUGCCAUCAUUUGUUCCAAAUACUCAGGAAAAUGACAUCCCUUCGAUUAUUGAAAAUACUAAGGAGUUGAAGAGGAAGUUGAAGGAAAUAAUACGCAACAAUGCCGAUACGUUUAAGCAUGGGGUUAUUGCAGAAAAGGUAAAACUUGGCUCGCAUGGAUGGAGGGAGCGUUAUUACAUGCUAAAAUUCAACUUGGAAAGCCAAGCGGAUGUUGAAAAGACCAGAAAGGACGUGGUCCAACACUACACGGAAGGGUUACUUUGGGUCUUGUUGUAUUACUUUAAGGGAGUACCGUCAUGGGGAUGGUACUACCCGUAUCACUAUGGCCCGUUUGCCUCAGACAUGAAAGGAAUGGCUCAAACAAAGGUGAAAUUUAAGAUAGAAGAGCCCUUUAAACCUUUUGAUCAACUCAUGUCAGUCCUUCCUCCGGGGAGUGCCCAUGCACUCCCAGAAGCAUAUCAGAUGCUCAUGCUUGACGACAAGUCGACCAUUAUUGAUUUUUACCCAACCAAUUUUGAGACGGACCUCGAUGGUAAGAGAUUUAUGUGGCAAGGUGUAACAAAGCUUCCAUUCAUAGAGGAAAAGCGUCUUCUAGCUGAGACGAAUAAGCUUGGCGAAAGUCUCACGAAUCUUGACAAAGAGAGAAAUUCGGUGACUGCGGAGAAGCUGUUCAUGGGAAGAUCAUGUGAACUUGGGCUGCAAAUUCUGUCUUUGUUCACAAAAGGUUGUGGUUUAAACGAAAACGAUGCCAUUAAAUUUGGUCAUGCACUAAGUGGGGGAAUUUGUGGCACGGUUUGGCUUAAGAAGGAUGAAAAGGAUAAUCUGUCGAGCGACAUUCUGUGUGUCUUCUUUCGUACCUCUCCAAUCUCAUCGUUCAUUCCUAGAGUUUUAGCCGGUACCGAUUUUCCCCGUGAAAAGACUGUGCAUGAAUGUGAUAUUGAACAAACAGUUCUCUGGCAUGAAUUCAAUGCCAGACCAGCCAUCUCUUACAGCAACAGGCCACAUAAUCAAGGAAACAGGGGAAGGCCAUUAGCAAAUGGCAGUAUGGGAAAUCAUAGGAACUCUGUUCCUCAUGAGCUGGUUUCGGGCGUGGGCCGUUUUAAAGAGGCGGGCACUAGAUGGGCCGGUCGUGGGAAGACCAUGCCUCGGCCCGAGUUGCAGGCCCAUUACAGCUCUCCAAGAUUCGUUGCCCCUCAAAGACCGCGCUACAUGCAGCCAACGGCUCAGCCCAGAAACCAAUGGCAGAUGGGCCGGGCCGCGAUGCCUGCCCCGCGGCCCAAUCAGAUGGGCAGCGGGGUCAGGCCCAAUGUUCGGCAACAAAACCCAUGGCGCGUGCCCGGACCGCCGCCACCCAGGAGUAGUGGAGAGAACCAAGGGCAGAUGGGAUGGCCCACAUUGUCUGCCCCACCGCCCAAUCAGGGCGGGGUCUGGUGCAAUGUUGCUACCCGUAAUGUUCGACCACCGAACCCGUGGCGUGUGCCCGGACUGCCACCCGGAGGUAGUGGGUCGGGUAACGAAUGGCGUGGGUCCGGUUUUCGGCCCGCGGUUUCGAGCUCGGGAAAUUAUAAUUCGCAACGAAAUACUAGAUAAGUUUCCCCAAGUUUGUUGGCAAUGUUCAUAGUUUUGCCUUUUGUUCUAUGUAAAUUGCUAAUUUUGAUCAUCAAACGAGUCAAAUGUAUGUAUGUAUGUAAUGUGGAAUUUGGGAACAUCCAAAUCUAGUACUAAUCUUUUGGGGGCAUGAUUGAUUUUCAAAUAUAUUAUGGAUUGUGUA